AAUUGUUUACUAAACAAAAGUUUUUUGUUUUUUUAAUAAAUUUAAACAAAAUCAAAAGCAAUGACUGCUGAAAUAAACUUAAAACUACUUUCUGGUGGUAAAGUAAUUCUAGCCGAUUGUUUAGGAUAUGAAAGUGAAUUAUUUAUCCCCAUAAUUAUAAAUAAUCGAAUUGUUCUUCAAAAUGCUGCCGUAUCAAGACGAUGUUGCAAUAAAAAUCAGUUUGAACCUAAAAAUCUAAUCAAAAGAAAUCAAACUACCAAUGAUUUUAUUAAAAUACAACCUAUCUCUCAGCAAAUACCAUUGGCAAAUAGUACACCAACUCAGAAAAUAAAACUAAAAAAAGAAAACACAAAAAACACAUUUAAUUCAUAUUCUUUUCCUUCAAAUGGAAGCAAUUUUAUUUCUGAUUCUUGUCAAUUGAAUUUGCCAAAAGAACUAAUUGUUAAACCUAUACGCAGACUCCAACAAACAAUAGCAAGAGUAGCUCCUACAUAUUCUACUAAUCUUUCUCAGUCUUGUCGAGACACUUCCAAUCUCGAGAAUAGUUACCCUACACCCGACAUUGUACGACGAGCUCCAAUACAAACUGCUAACGAAACUAUCCCUUUGCCACAAUAUCCACAAGUGACAGAACUUAAAAUUGUCCGAUUGCACAGAGUAAAUACUCCAAAUACGCCUAAAAAUCUAGGAAAGAUCGUGAGAUCAAAGACACCAUCGGCAAACACUUCCAGUCCACAACGCAUUCUACGAAAUUUGUCAAACGUUUCAAGUUUUGGAACCCCGCCAAGUCUUCAACAAACAAAAUCAUUUAACUACGGGUCACCAAAUCAAUCAUUUCUUGCCAGAAGAAUUAAAACUCCCGAAAGUGCAAUUAAAUGGCGAAAAUGUAUUACACCAAAAAGAACUUAUAUUCGUCAUAGCAAUGGACAACAGACAUUAGUCAGAACCACUGAACUGAAACCACUUCAGUUGACUAAAAAUGGCAAAUUUAUUGAUAGUUAUCGAUAUCCUAUCAAAAUGGAAAAACGAACUAUAAUUAAAAAGCGCAAGUUGAUUAUUGAUAAUGAAUUAAAAAUUACUCCAAGAAAGUUUAAGAAACAACUUACAAAUACUGAGGAUUUGAAUGGAUGUAAAUCGCAAUUGCCAAAGAGUAGGAGACACUUUCAUCUGUCUCACAUGACGGCGUUUGAUUUAUUGACUAAUUCUAAUUUUUAUCCGAAAAUCGGUAAUAAACUUAAUACAAUGUUUCGUCAAGGUUGUGUUAAUAGGAGUGCAGAAACUAUUGUUAAAUAUAAACAACUAACUAAGGGGAUACCUUUAAUGGAAGAAUCAACAUACUCAUAAUUUUUUUUAUUUUUGUUUUUGUUA